UUGACCCGUCUAACGUUCCGUACAGUAUCAAAGCCUCCUGUGUUGUAAAAACAUGCGAAGUCGCUAUAUUUAUUGAAUUGUGUAACGAGUAUUGGGUCAAUAAUUCUGUGGCUUCAGUACGUAGAGAACGUCCCCGAAUUCAGAAAUAAGAUGGAGACCGAAAACCGACCUAAAAAGAGGUCCCAUGGCGAGGAUGAACAGUCUGGCUCAGAAAGAUCGGAGGAUGAUGAUUACAUUCCUUAUGUUCCAGUCAAAAUAAGAAAACAACAAAUGCUACAAAAGAUGUUGCGUCUGCGAGGAAAGGCAGUGGACGAGGAGCAGAAGGACAGUGGGGAGGAGCAGAGGGAUGAGGACGAGGGUCUUGGUCCACGCUCCAAUAUCAGUCUCCUCGACCAGCAUCAGCACCUCAAGGAAAAAGCAGAAGCCCGUAAGGAGUCCGCCAAGGAGAAACAGCUGAAAGAGGAAGAGAAGAUUCUUGAGAGUGUUGCAGAGGGCAGAGCUUUGAUGUCUGUAAAGGAAAUGGCCAAAGGCAUCAUAUAUGAUGAUCCAAUAAAAACAAGCUGGAAGGCACCACAAUACAUCCUAAAUAUGCCAGACACCCGACAUGAGCGAGUCAGGAAAAAGUUUCACAUCCUGGUCGAUGGAGACGGCAUCCCUCCUCCAAUCAAAAGCUUCAGGGAGAUGAAGUUUCCACCAGCAAUUCUAAAAGGUUUGAAAAAGAAGGGCAUUGUGCAUCCCACGCCAAUUCAAAUUCAAGGAAUCCCUACAGUUUUGUCAGGUCGAGACAUGAUUGGCAUAGCCUUCACCGGUUCUGGAAAGACGUUGGUCUUCACUCUGCCCAUCAUCAUGUUUUCCCUGGAGCAGGAGAAAAGGCUGCCGUUCUUUAAGAGAGAGGGGCCGUAUGGACUUAUCAUUUGUCCCUCACGAGAGUUGGCGAGGCAGACUCAUGGAAUCAUCGAGUACUACUGCAAGCUGCUGGAGGAGGAGGGAGCUCCUCAGCUACGCUCUGCCCUAUGCAUUGGAGGAAUGUCUGUCAAGGAGCAGAUGGAGGUAGUUAAACACGGCGUCCACAUGAUGGUCGCUACCCCUGGCAGACUGAUGGAUUUGCUGCAGAAGAAGAUGGUGAGUCUGGACAUCUGCCGCUACUUGGCUCUGGAUGAGGCUGAUAGGAUGAUUGACAUGGGCUUUGAGGAAGACAUCAGAACCAUCUUCUCUUAUUUCAAGGGACAAAGACAAACCCUGCUCUUCAGUGCUACAAUGCCCAAGAAGAUCCAGAACUUUGCCAAGAGUGCACUGGUCAAACCCAUCACUAUUAACGUGGGCAGGGCCGGUGCAGCCAGCUUGGAUGUCAUCCAGGAAGUGGAGUACGUCAAAGAGGAAGCCAAGAUGGUGUACCUGCUCGAGUGUCUCCAGAAAACACCACCUCCUGUGCUGAUAUUUGCUGAGAAGAAGGCUGAUGUAGAUGCCAUCCAUGAGUAUCUGUUGCUAAAAGGAGUCGAGGCAGUGGCCAUCCAUGGAGGAAAAGAUCAGGAGGAAAGAACAAAAGCCAUUGAGGCGUUUAAAGAAGGAAAGAAAGAUGUCUUAGUUGCCACAGACGUUGCCUCCAAGGGUCUGGAUUUCCCAGCUAUACAGCAUGUAGUGAAUUAUGACAUGCCUGAGGAGAUAGAGAACUAUGUCCAUAGAAUUGGAAGAACAGGACGAUCAGGCAAAACCGGUAUUGCCACUACAUUCAUCAAUAAAGGCUGUGACGAGUCAGUACUGAUGGAUCUCAAAGCCCUGCUGGUUGAAGCCAAGCAAAAGGUUCCUCCAGUCCUCCAGGUGCUCCAGACAGGAGACGAGACCAUGCUGGACAUCGGAGGAGAGAGGGGCUGUACAUUCUGUGGUGGUCUGGGUCAUCGUAUCACAGACUGUCCUAAGUUGGAGGCCAUGCAGACUAAGCAGGUCACCAACAUCGGGCGGAAAGACUACCUGGCUCAUAGUUCAAUGGACUUCUAAGAGUUCUUCAAGGGAGGAUCCUCCAAUGCUAAAUGGAACUGAGAAACAUUUCUGAGGAAACUGUACACAUGUCUUGUCACUGAACAAAGGAAGUGUAUUUUCAUCACCUAACGUAGAUUACAGGUCUGUGAGAUGAAGUGUUAUGGAUUUUUCUUUUUCUUUUUUACCAUUUUUGCCCCACGUCUGUAUGUAAAGCCUUUGUAACAUACACUUUUGAUACUCUGAUUGUAAAUAAAAUGGCUCUAUCUGU